CGGAGGGCAUAAAACCGCACGUGCCCCGAGUCAUCCUGCCUGGUGUCUUAUCAGUCAAUCACAACGACGACGACAACAACAACAACAGCUUCAGCAUCCUAAUGCAGCCGUUUCGUAUUCAGGGCACAGAUAGAAAAAGUGCCAAAUGUAAGCUUUGAAGUCUACUCUUCGUCUUUCCUGGAGAAGUUCCUAGAAAGCCACGCAGUCAUGACACAGGGAAACAGUGGGCUGAAACCUAAAGAAGGGGAGAUAACUUCCAGACCCUGGCAGUGGCCAAUCAACUACAGGGGUCAGAUAUUUUCUGCCAAGAACCACCGUAUCUACCUCCUGGGCAAUCCUGUCAUCUUCUGGGGACUGCUUGUUAUCAAGGCCUUGUUCCUCGUGUUCUUCGUUAUACACAGGAUAAAGUUAAAGCGUGGUAUUCAAGUACCUGAGCCUAUCAAAGUGUACAAUGAGAAGAUGUUCCGGGCGUGCUGGUGGCUGCUGCUGGGCUGGGGGCUGCACUACCUGCCCUUCUGGGGCAUGGGCCGCGUCCUGUACUUCCACCACUACUUCCCCGCCUUCCUGUUCAGCGCCAUGUUCGGAGGUGUGAUGCUGGACUACCUCAUCACCCGAUUCUGUCUGACACUGCCGGAGAACUGGGCGGUGAAAGUAUUCCCCUGGCUGCUGGUGUUAAUCAUCUUUGUGCUGGUUGGCAGUUUCUACCUAUUCUACCCCCUGACGUUCGGCACAUCUGGUCCAAUGGCCAGUGAAGAAGGGUCCGUGAUGAGUGGCCUCAAGUGGAUGGACUCAUGGGACAUAUGAAAGAUGGUUGUGUGAUGUACGAAAGUUUCCUGAGUCCGAUU